UUUCGCUUCUGCGGGCCGCGGCUGUGUCUGGCUUCCGCGCCUAGGGGGUCGCCGACGUGGGUGCCCUGGUGAGCGUGCAGGGUGGGGAGGGAGACGCGGCCGAGGCCGGCGUCGGCAGGCAUGAGCCCCUGUGGCCUGGAGCCCACGUCGCCGAGGCCGUCCGGGACUACGCUUCGCCCUUGUGCCUGUUGACGCGGUCUCUGACGCUCAGAAGCCGCCCAAUACAGAGCCGCUUCUUUGUCCCAUUUUUCUGACCAGCCGUACCGGGCACAAGCCGGGCACUAGCGGGUACGGCGAUGCACAGGGCAGAUGUGGCCAGGUGAGCGGCCCUGCAAAAGCCUAGUUUAGCGCAAAGUGUACAUGUUUUCCAAGCCUUGCACUGGAGAUAAUACGAAGAGUCUGAACUGGGUCAGAUCAAGUCUCAGAAGUGUGAAAUGUGACUUGGAAAGGAAAAUUCCAAGUGAGCUGAGCUGCUGAGCAUUCAGGACAGCAAGGGAAGUGGGAAAAUGACUUGAACCUCUAGGUGAGGGGGAACUCACAAUUAUUUUUUGGUCCAUCUUUGCCUUCCUAAAGGAAUUGAAGCCCAAACGGUGGUUAAAGAACCAGGAUGCAUGGUGGAUUGGAAGCAUAGCCCUGCAAUUGGUUAGAAUAAUUAACAUAGGCUAAAAACCAAAUAAAAAAAAUUUACCCUCAGAUUCAUAUGACAGAUUUUAUGAGUUGAAUACAGAGAAAGCUUCAAAUCCUUGAAAGUAUCAACUAAAUGAACAACAUUCAUUCACCAAAUAUGCCAUGCACUGUGGAUACAAAGAUGACAAGAAGCUAGCUCUGCCCUUUUGGUCCUUCCAGAAAGUUGGGUAGAAAACCAUGUAAACUGCAAGCCAUUACAGUGAGAAAAGUGCUCCAGCAGAGGUUUCAAUGAAAAGGGCACUUGUGCCUGGAGGAAUCAGGUGACGCUUUUGCCACCUCCCUCCCCAACCCUGAAAAACAGCUUCUGAGACCUGAAUUACAGACCAGCAUUUUAACUGGACGAACUGCAGCUGGAACAAGCUUCUUGUUAGGGUAGUAAUGGCCACCAAAGGUAGGGGAACUCUAGGCCUCACCCCCAGAGACACUGUUUUCCAGAAGCAGGAGCGGCAUUUGACCAUGAAACAGGAGCCAGGGAGCCAGACCUGGGGACAGGGCUGCAGUCUUCAGAAGAGUCACCCUCCUGUUUGCGAAAUCUUCCGGCUACACUUCAGGCAGUUAUGUUACCAUGAGAUGUCUGGGCCUCAGGAGACUCUAAUCCGGCUUCGGGAGCUGUGUCACUGGUGGCUGAUGCCUGAGGUUCACACUAAGGAGCAGAUCCUGGAGCUCCUGGUGCUGGAGCAGUUCCUGAGCAUCCUGCCUGGGGAGCUCCGGACCUGGGUGCAGCUGCAUCACCCUGAGAGUGGUGAGGAGGCAGUGGCCGUGGUGGAGGAUUUCCAGAAACAUCUUAGUGGACCUGGAGAGGUUUCAGCCACAGCACAGGAACAGGAAACGCAUUUGGAAGAGACAACAGCUCUGGAUUCAAUGGAGGAAUCACCUCCUACCUCACCCCUCAGUGGAGGCUUAGUCCCUGGAGUCCACCUGGAGCCACCUUCCCAUGCCCCAGUGGUACACCACCUCCCCACCAGGCACUUUGCUCAACUUGCUUCCCCACUUCCUGCCCUUCCCCAAGUGGGGAAAUCAGGAGACCAGGCAACUGUGCUUCGGAUGGUCAGGUCCCAGGAGUCUGCAGUGUAUAAGAACCUGUCUGUCGACCAUACUCAGAAGAAGUGGAAAAGUCCAGCACUCAGUCAGAGAGUCCUGUACCGGAGCAUGAUGCUGGAAAAUUAUCACAGGAUGACUUCACUGGCAGGUGAGAACAGGACAGAGAGUUCAGAGGUGAUUCCAAAGCAGGACAUUUCUAAAGGGUACGAGAAAUCUGAUAGGGCAUCAGGAGGACUCUGUGGGAUGGUUCCUCGGGCACUGGAGGCUGGAGAUGUCCGUGAAGAUAUUUUAGAGAAGCCAGAAGGGCAGCAGCCUUCAGAUGAAGAAGGGAGCAGACUGGAAAGUGAGGAUAAAAAAAAACCUAUGAGAGACAAAUGUGAGGACUAUAAGGAACUUGGGGAACAUUCUGAUCAAUCCUCCAGUCCUGCUGAACAUCAGGGAGCUCUGAAGGGACAGAAAUUCUAUCAGUGUGAUGAAUGUGGCAAAGCUUUCAAUCGGAGCUUACACCUCCUUGGCCAUCAGAGAGUCCAUUCUGGCGAGAAGCCCUAUGAAUGUAAUGAGUGUGGUAAGACCUUCAGACAGACCUCUCAGCUCGUUGUUCAUCUCAGAAUCCACACAGGGGAGAAACCCUAUGAAUGCACCGAGUGUGGGAAGACCUAUCGGCACAGCUCUCAUCUCAUUCAACACCAGAGACUUCAUAAUGGGGAGAAACCUUAUAAAUGCAAUGAAUGUACAAAAGCCUUCACUCAGAGUUCCCAGCUCAUUGACCACCAAAGAACCCAUACUGGGGAGAAACCUUAUGAAUGCAGUGAAUGUGGGGAGGCCUUCAUUCGAAGUAAAAGUCUCGUCCGACAUCAGGUACUUCACACUGGUGAGAAACCUUUCAAGUGUAAUGAAUGCAGAAAAGCUUUCUGUUCCAAUAGAAAUCUUAUUGACCAUCAGAGAAUCCACACAGGGGAGAAGCCUUAUGAGUGUAAUGAAUGUGGCAAGGCUUUCAGUCGAAGUAAAUGUCUUAUUCGACAUCAGAGCCUCCACACUGGGGAAAAGCCAUACAAAUGUAAUGAAUGUGGGAAAGCCUUCAAUCAGAACUCCCAGCUGGUUGAUCAUGAGCGAAUUCAUACUGGAGAAAAACCUUUCGAAUGUAGAGAGUGUGGUAAGGCAUUCAGUCUGAGUAAAUGUCUCAUUCGGCAUCAGAGACUUCACACCGGUGAAAAGCCCUAUAAAUGCAGUGAGUGUGCUUCCAUUCUGUGUAUCCAGUGUCGUCCAAGUGCUCUGCCUCAUUGGGAAGCAGCUUUUCUGUAAAUGAACAGCAUGUGGAAGAAACCUUCAGUCACAGCUCAGACUUUGUUUUACCUCAGUGAAUCCACACUGGGAAAAGAACCUAUUCUUGAGAUAAGUAUAAGAAAAUAUCAGUUGUGGCAAACAUCAUCCAACCAGAGACUUUACACUUGUGUGUGGCAAAGCUUUUGGUUAUAGCUCAUUUCUUGUUAGACACCAGAAAUUCCACGUGGGUUAGAGUCUCUUGGUUUUUGGAGGGUGAAAAGUCAUUAAUUUAGAAUUGCCGUCUUUUUUGUGAACAUUUCUGAUAAAUACUAUGCCUGAAAUAGGAGUGGAAGAGCUUUCAGCUAUAGUACAUAGCUUCUGCUCCAUCUGUCAACCCACAAUGCAGAGAAAUGGUAUCAGUGGACAGAACUCCCAAUUUAUUUUUAACAAUCAAACAAUUCAAGCCCAGGAGAUAGUUGAGGGGAUCAAACAUGAUGGUAAAGUUAUAGAACCUGGACACUUACCCACUUGGCUUUUAUACACACAGAGAAAAUAUUCCACAGCUAUACUCUCCAUUCCCAAUUCUAAUCAUUUAGUUUUUAAUUCCAGAAGGAUAGGUCAAGAGAUUAUGGAGGCAUGUAAUAGAAUAUGAAGUUCCAACACCACCUAUGAAGCAAAAGGUUUAACUUGAAUCUCAUCCAGCCUCUAUAACAUUCUUUCAACUAACAAGAAAUACAGGAAGAUACCAUGAGGAAACAAACAGACAAAUCUAGAAUGUCAAACAUUAUUUAAGACAGUUGGUCUAGACUCUUAAAAAAGACAGCAAAACAAAAAAGAAAAACAGUGGGGGACUCUUUUAGAUUAAAAGAAACUCUGCAGAGAAACAGUGACCAAAUAUAAUGAGUCAAACUUGAUCCCCAAAACAGCUGUAGAAAAUAUUUGGGUAACAAUUGGGGAAGUUGGAAUACGGAAUGAAUAUAAUGUCUAAAAGGUCUAAUUGAUGAUGAUGAUGUGACAGUGGUUGGUUACAUAGAAGAAUGUCCUUAUUCUUAGGAGCUGCAUGCGGCAUAUUUAGAGUUGAAGGGUUAUGAUAUCUAUAGUAUAUUUUCAAAUGGCAUAAUGUGUAUGUGUGUAGGGAGAGAGAAAGCUAAUAUGGCAAAAUGUUAGUUGUUGAAUCUAGCUAGAGAAUAUACGUAUGUUGUAAGGUUUCAAAAUAAAGUUUAAAAAAGAUAAAAGGAAUUAUGGAUGGCACAUAACACCCUUUGGAAGAAAUGCAAAGGUAGUGGGGUAGCACAGAAUAGAGCAUGGUAACGGUAGUCAGAAAACCCAGGUCCAGGUCUCAAAUUGUCCACUAUUAGCUGUGCAUCCAGAAGCAAAUAAUUUCACAUAUCCAGGCUUUAGUUUCCUUAUCUAGAAAAUAAGGAUUAAUAAAUUUCACAAAAUUAUUCUGAAGCUUAAAUUAGUUAAUGCCAGAGAAAACCCUUCACAACUUAAAAAGGAAUAUAUAUUGCAGAAUUGUCCUAUUCACUUUUAUACUUUUUAAGUACCUUUGGAUCCUUUCAUUUAUCCUGAGAAACAUAUAUCUUCAAAUAAAUUGUGAACUCCCAAAGGGAAGUACUGUAUUUCUACCUUUUUGACCAAUAAAGUAAUACCCACCAACUGGAUAUUGAUUUCCUUUACCAAAUAUGAGUCUAAAUUUCUUUGGCAGGCAUGAAGAUAGUAAAUAUCAUAAUAAAGAUUGAAAUUGCUGUAUAUUUAGGCAAUUGUGAUGCAAAAUGCUAAUACCUUUGUUUCUGAACAGUGACAUUCUGGAUUGAAUAUAUGUAUUUGUAGGCAAAGAAAUAUGCUUGUGGAUAAGAACAACAGUUUGGAUGAGGUGAGGGCCUGGAAUUUGUAUUUUUAACAUGCAUUCAAGUGAUUCUUAUGCUCUCUAAAAUUUGAGAACCACUGGGCUAGAAUAUUGAGUAAUCAUUACUCCCUGGGACCAAAUGUGGGUCCAAGAGCUUUGAGUCAGAAUUAAUGAUACCACCCUCCAAAAAGAAGAGUAAGUGAAAAGCAAAACCAAGUUGAAGAUUGUUAUAACUGUCCUAAUGUACAUGGAUAGUCUUAAGGGAUUCCUGAUGUUGUGGCAAUAGUGCUGUGCUCCAUAACAAAGGGUCCCAAGUUCUGCUUCCAGCUUCCACUAGGCAUGUGUAGGUAUUAUUUCUCUAAACCUCUGUUUCUCGGUCUCAUCGAUAAAAUGUGGCAAAGGUGUUGUGUCACCUAC